AUGAAGCUCACUUCAUCCGCUCUUUUCUUUUUGGCAAAUACCCUCCCGCUGGUUUCGGCCCACUAUGUCUUCUCUACGCUGAUUGUCGACGGCGAACUCACGCAGGAAUAUGAGUACAUCCGCAAGAACAGCAACGGAUACCAGCCCACCCUGGCCUCAGACAUCCUGAGUAAUGAUUUCCGUUGCAAUUCCGGCUCCAUGGCCUCCGCCGCCAGUACCAAGACCUACAAAGUAGCUCCGGGUUCUGAGAUCGGCUUCAAGCUCGGCUUCGGUGCUACCAUGAAGCACCCCGGCCCUCUACAAAUCUACAUGUCCAAGGCUCCAGGGGACGUGACCUCGUACGAUGGCUCCGGUGACUGGUUCAAAGUCUACCAGGAGGGUGUCUGCAAUGAUAUCUCGGACGGCCUGAAGGACGAGGACUGGUGCACCUGGGACAAGGACACCGCGUCUUUCACCCUUCCCGAGGAUACCCCAGCCGGGCAGUACUUGGUGCGCGUCGAGCACAUCGGCCUGCAUCGUGGGUUCAGCGGUAACGCCGAAUUCUACUUCACCUGCGCCCAGAUCGAGGUCACCGGCGCAGGCGAAGGCUCGCCCAGCCCGGUGGUUAAGAUCCCCGGCGUGUACCAGCCCGAUGACGCGAACAUUCACUUCAACAUCUAUAAUCCCGUCCCGACCUCGUACGACCUUCCUGGCCCUUCCAUCUGGUCGGGCGGUGGUGACUCUGCCUCUGUCCCUGCCUCUUCACCUGCCGCUUUGGUGUCUUCCUCCGCCGCCCCGACUUUCUCUGCACCUGCAGCCAACAACGCUAUCGCCACUACCUCCGUCGUUCCGACAACCCUUGCAACCGUUUCCAAGGCUCCGACGGCAGUGCCGGCAGCACCUUCCUCGAACGGUGCGAUCAAGAAAUACUACCAAUGUGGCGGUCAGGGAUGGACGGGCUCUGGUUCCUGCGAAGCUGGCACUACCUGCCGGGUGUGGAACCCCUACUAUGCCCAGUGUGUGUAG